CUGAAAGCUCCAUGAGCUUCUCUAAGUCAUGGGAGCUUCAGGACACUUGUCUUCCUCUAUUCCUUUUCUGACUGAAAUUUUGCUCUCCUCAAAGUAAGGGGACACAGAAAAUGGAUAAGUUACACUGGGUGCUGGAUUUCUGCAUCCGCCACCAGACUGUUCUGGGUUACAGCACUGUGUCCCUGCUGACAGCUGCCAGUGAGCACAUCUUCUCGUCUGUGGUGUUCAAGUGUCCUUGCAAUUCUGGGAACAUGCUGUAUGGCUGCGUCUUCCUCAUAGUGCCUGCCUUCAUCCUCUUUCUGCUUGGCUACAUGGUGAACACCAGGACAUGGCGCCUGCUGACAGGCAGCUGCUCUCCGGAGAAGUGCUGCAGCUGCAACCGCUGGGGAGCCUGCACCCACUACUGCUUCGUGCUGCUGAUGGUGACAGCCAGAGCCUUGGUGGCCCCCCUCACCUGGAUUGCGGUGGCCCUGCUCAGAGCUAGCUUCUACGAGUGUGCAGCCAGUGGGAACAGCCUGAUAAGGAACUUCAUGUGUAAAGGCAAAGGACAGGAGUGCCACAAGCUGCUGGUCAAAAUACCCUGUGAUGAGAAAUUAUCACAGAACAUAUCGACUGAAGUCCUCAGCCUGAAGGCACAGUCUCAGCUGAUAGGAUGGAUCCUGGUAUCCAGCAGCAUGACUGUGGCACUGAUUUCAACAUGUGUCAGCCAUUGUUACUCCCCAGUUAGCUAUCUUCAGCUCAGGUUCUGGAAAAUUUACUCAAAAAAGGAAAGGGAGCUCUGGGAGAUUAAGGCUAAAGAGCAUGCAACCAAGCUGGCAGAAAUAAAUACGAAGUGCUUUUUCGAAGCCACUGACCCAGCACCGUUCCAGACUCCCAGCAAUGAAGACUGGAGGAAGAUUUCAAUCUUGUAUACCUUCAAUUCACAAGAGCAGUAUUACAGCAUGAUACACAAGUAUGUCAACACAAACAGAGGCAACAGCGUCAGAUUCAAGGAAGGACAUCAGAAUCUCCCUGUUUUAGAGUUUGUGGAUGAAGCAAGUGCAAGCGAGUCCGGGUUUUAAUGAAACAAAUCCUUUGCAACGCCUGCCGUCUUUUAACCCUAUUGAUAAAAGAAUCUUAGUCUGUGCUUUACUGAAAUCUAUGCAUAUUGUGUGUAAAAGCUGAUAACUGUAACUCUCCGCAGAUUUGGUUUUAAAUAUACUUGAUAACUUUUGCUUAAGUACAUUUAAAUAAAUGAAUCUGUCACAA